AUGACAAGAUCGAGAUCAGGCAAUAUCCUCGAUUCAUCUCAUCUCAAAUACCCCAUAUCGUCCACGGUAACCCGAUCACGACGCCACCAGAGCUCACUCCGCGAUGAAGUUCUCGAGUAUCGCAAUGCUUCUCGCACUCACCAUGUUCUCCUUGCUCGCCCCAUCUAUGGUCUUGGCUCGAGCCUGCCGGGAGCCGUCCUCAACAACUCGACUCUGGGCAUUGACAGCAUCUCCAGCUUGGAGGGCCGUCGUCUCGUCAAGCGUCGCACAUGGGUCUACAUGUGCUACAACAACGAGAAACACGAGCUCGAGGAUGUCAAACUGGCACGUCGCUCAAAGUCUCCAUUCAACUAUGUGUGGUGA